AUGGAUCCCGAUAACAAAAAUGAUGAACCCGAGUCAUCCAAUUCCGAUAAACCCACCAAAAAUCUGCACCCAGCCUACUCGGUAACAAACGUGCAAUCCAAGAUACGUACCCUCAAUGGCGUUAAGGUUAUGUAUACAUCCUGGGUUAAACUUUUCCGGCUCCAUGCUGUGGCAAAUCAGGUCUUCGAUCACAUCGAUGGAUCCGAACCCCCACCAAAAACCGCUGCCGAAUACCAAUCAUGGAAAGAACUCGAUGCUCUUAUUCUCCAAUGGAUUUACAGCACUGUGUCUGACGACCUCCUGCCUCGGGUUCUUGAAAGCGAUCCUACAACUCGCCAUGCGUGGGUGAAGCUCGAAAAAAUAUACCUGAGCAACAAGAAAGCUCGGGCCGGGGCGCUUGAAACCAAGUUUUGCAACUACAACUUGUCCGCUUGCUCGUCUUUGUACGACUACUGUCAGCGCCUUACAGAUCUCGCGAACCAGCUCGAGGACAUGGACCAUCCGGUUACUAAAGAACGUCUGGUACUUCAACUUGUUCAGGGGCUGCCUGCAGAAUAUGACACGACUGCCUCUCUUAUUAACGCCAGUAAUGCAGAUUGGGAUCUUGCUAGGAGCAUGUUGGAGGAUGAAGUUAUUCGACAAGAAGCCCGCCAAAAGACCACACAGUCCGUCCAUGUUGCAACCUCUCAAAACCAAACCUCCCAUAACCAACAACAACCACACCCUCCUACCGGUUCCAAUAACUACAACAACCACCCAUCCCAGCAACCGUAUUAUAACCGAUCAGGAUGUGGCCGAGGGCCUAGUAACCGCGGCUGCGGUUAUGGAUGCGACAACAACUCUUCACCACAAACUUGGGCCCCAAGCAACCUCUCCUAUCCCCAACGGGCUUGGUGGAACACUCCCCCUUGCCCUAUUCGACCCAACCCACCUUUCAACCCACGACUCCCCAUUCCCAAGCCACAGCUCAAAACCAGUCGGCCCACUAUACUACAGCCCAUCCGCCGACCCUGA